AUGUCCUCUGUCAUAUUGGACAGUGAAGCGUCGUUCCGGGAAAGAUGCAGUAAAAUAGGCCUCAGCAACGAUCUUCUAGGUAAGUUGAUUGAAGCCGGUUACAACACAUUCGGAAAGCUGGCUUUCGCCGCAUCGUCUACACCGCAAGGUCUGACAGAUGAAGCUGUCGACUCAUGGCUAGCCACUGUAGUCACCCCGGCUCCUGGUUCCUUUCAGGUUUCAGUGAUCCGUAGGUUGCUGUUUGAAUCGCAAUCACUCAAUGUGGCGGACCUCAAGUCUAGGGUCGAAGGGACUCCAGAAGGUUCCGUGCGCCGCCUGCCCCAGGCCGAACGAAAGGAGCGGAUUGAGGCGCAGCAUCGUAGGCUGUCGGGUCUCAUCCUAACUUCUCAUACAACCCCUGCCCAUAGCUGCAUCGACCUUGUGACCGACAUGUACGAGAAUAACACACUCAAGUACAUUCCGAUUAACAGAUGGAUAUCCCGCUUCCAAGAGAUGUCUCUCCAGAAGAAGGAUUCUGCCGUUCAGAUGGACAACGAGGGCAACCUAAAGGUGAUCCAGAAAAAGCCGGAGCCGACGUGCGACACCACAGGCAUGUACCCUCUCCGGCAGGCCUUUCAGAGACGGUCGCUAGCCUUUGAUCUGGGUCACUUGUGUAGCUUUGAAGCUAUGGAAACUUGGAUCAACAAGCUCUUCGAAGCAGUUCAACGCACCGUGCCAAAGGGAUAUGUGGCAGUUAGCUUGGGACAAGUUGUUACGGCAGAUCGCGAGCUUUUUGUUCGGUUGGCCGACAUGCUUGAGGGACAAUUGCAGAAACCCAUAGGUGUUGAAAAACCCAUGGAUGCUGCCUUGCGCGAUCUAUCGGGAAGCCAGGAGAUAAAUCAGUUUCUUCAGCCGCUUGUAGCUCCUCCUCCUGCCCCUCAUCCAACGAAGCGCCCUUUCAAGGAGCUUACCACGCCAACCAAAGGUGACGGGAAGGGGAAGACGCCCAACAAGGGCGGUGAAAAGGGCGGAGGCAAGGCAUCCCGUGGGCCUGACCUCGUGGCCACUUCGGAUUCUGCCCCUAGCGAUGCUGAGGUCCUCGCACAGGCCAUUUUGGCCAGAGGGUCAGGGAUUACAAAGCAAGAUGUUGUUCAGAUUUUUGAUCUUUUGCCCAAGGAGAUUCCUUCUAGAGGAGCCUCCUCGCAUCCUCCGAGCAGCUUCAGUUGUGGGGCAUAUGCAAAAGGUGGAUUGCAGGGUCUUCGGAGUGAAUGUGCUCUGUUUCCAUUCUGCGUCAAGCUCUUCACUACUUUUGUUCGCGCUUUCAUGCCUGAUCAUUUCUUCACUACAAUCAGUCUGUUUCACAACACCAAAACCGAUUUGCAUGUCGAUUCGAGGAACCAUCCUACCCCCAACGGGGUCAUACCCGUGACAUCUUUUCAGGGAGGUGGCAUCUGGAUCGCUGAUGGAUGCGGACCUCACACACGGUCAAUCAAAGGUGACAUAGUAAAAGGCUCAAUCCUUAGCCUCGAGACCCCGGUCACUUUCGAUGCCUUUAAAUACCCUCACGAGACCGAAAGCUGGGUUGGCGAUCGCUUGGUUUGUGUGGCCUUCACUGCCGCGAGCCUUGAGAAAAUUUCAACUGAGUCAGCAAGGACCCUGCUUAAUCUCGGGUUUAGGCCCCCGCCUGAUCUAGCCUUUCCCAUUCCUGUGACUGCCCAGGAACAGCCGCCUGUGAAAUCAGACUCGUGGGUUUACGAGCUUUUCGCUGGCAGUGCACGUUUCAGCAAGGCUUGCAAGGAUUUGGGUUUUCGGGUUUUGGGGUUAGACAGUUCUUGCUAUAGAGCAGUCUCUCCUGUAGCCAAGCUUGAUCUGACCUUAGAUUCAGCCCAGGCAAUCUUUUGGGAUCUCAUUAAGGAGUGCCCUCCUUUUCACGUGCAUGCAUCGCCCCCUGCGGGCACGGCUUCUCGCUCUCGUGAGCGUCCCCUGCCAAGGAAUCAUGCCCUUGCCUCUAAGGCCCCUAAACCUUUGCGUUCCGAUGACUUCCCUUUAGGCCUGCCGUCGCUGAGUGCCGCGUCUCAGCAGAGCCUUGCAGUGCGCAAGGACAAUGUGCUGUACCGUUUCGUUUACAAGCUUCUGCUGCAUUGUUCCGCUUCAGGCAUCAAUGUCAGUGUUGAGAAUCCUCGGAAUUCGCUUUUCUGGAAGGUUCUUGAAUGCUUUGCUGAGGCCGAGGGUUUGCUUUGGCCGCCGGCCGCCUUGGAGUACGUUGAUUUCGACCAGUGUUGUCAUGGUUCCGAUCGACCCAAGUCCACUCGCUUCUUGUGCACUCGAGGCUUGUUCCACUCGCUUCGAGCUACUUGUCCAGGCAAUCACGUGCAUCGCCCGUGGGGCCUUGUGUUCCAUGAGCGUUCUAUGCAGUUGUCGUCUUCUCUGGUGUCGGCAUACCCCGUUCUGCUCUGCAAACGCAUGGCCUCCUGUCUGGAGAGCGCGGCUUCGUUCCUGGGUCUAUCUUUGCAGGCAUCUCCUGACUUGGCAGCCAGCUCUGUUGCAGUUCUUGGUCGGCAGCACCGCCGAUUCCCUCCCUUGAUUCCUGAGUUUCGCAAGGUCUCUUGGGAACCGCCCUCUUUCCAACCUGACGACUCCUGUCGCAUCCUUCUCUCUCAGAGUGCUGGGGAGGAUGGCGGGAGAGAGAAUGCAGCCGAGGACAGCAAUGCAGCCGACAAUGCAGCUGUGUUUGAAGGACGGGUUACUGGCGACAAGGAGUUGAACCCUCCUGCUAAGCUCCCCAGAGUCGCGAAUAAGGUUUCCAGCAAGGUUCACUCCUUUGGUUUCCCUAACGGUUCCGACCUGCCCCAGGGUUCGGUUAAGGUGGGGUGGUACUUGUCGAUGCAGGAUCACGUGGCAAAGGCCUUGACCUUAAAGCAUCCCGUCGACACUGCCGUAGCCCUUGAUCAGGAUCAGCUUGAUGCCAUCAGCUUCUGCAUGAAAAACACAGAGAAAGAGGUGGUAGAUCAUCGUAAGCUUCAACUUAUGAAGAUAAAAAUCCUUGCCAAAAAGUUUGAGGCCGACGAGGCUCGAUUGCAUUCUUCUUUCGACCCUUGGUUCGAAAAGGUUGUUGCGGGAAAGCGUCUUCUUUUGUGGAAGCACCUUCUUGAACAGAACGGUUUCGAUGACAUGCAAGUCUGCGAUUUCAUGAUGUCAGGCGUCCCGAUUGCCGGGCAGUCAGCCUGCCCUCCGCCUUUCAGCAAAAAGAUUGUGCCGGCGACCAUGUCGGAACAGGACCUCAAAAGCACUGCAUCAUUCCGCCGAAGGGUCUUGACUGGAUCCAGUGGCAUGCAAGCAGCCGACCUUCAGGAUUUGCUGUCAAAGGCUACGAUGGACGAAGAUCAAUUCUUCAUUGCAAACUCGCUGCUCUUCGGUCUCACUGCUUCGGUGUACGGGUUCGUGCGCACGAGCAGAAGCCUUCACAAACUGCUGCUGAAGAUAUUCAAGCUUCCUAGCUCAGUGUACUUUGACGACUUCCCGAUGUUUUCGACAUCGCUCGCCUCUAGCGACACUGACGGCAUCAUCAGCGAAUUCUUAGAUCUUCUCGGCUGGAGCCACGCCAAGACAGGCAGCAAAUCACAUCCCUUUGCGGAGGUCUUCUCCGUUUUGGGAAUGCAGAUCGACUUGAGCAACAUGUCGGAGAGAAGCAUCGUCCUGUCGAACAAACCUGGCAGGAUCGAUCGGAUCGUGGAGAAGCUUGAAUCCGUGGCUGCUUCGGGUUUCCUCACGAUUCACCAGGCACAGAUUUUGCUGGGCUUGCUCAACUUUUCAUCGGCACUCGUGCAAAUGGCUAUCUGGUUUCCUGGCUGGAGACAGGCCUUCAGCGAGAUGUGCAGGCACACGAUCAAGAUUCUUGUGAGUACACCGCCCCGCUUCAUAAGUUGCGAUUCGACCGGCGAGCCUCCCAUCCUGGUAUGGACUGAUGGAGCUUGGGAGCCUGCCAAAGCCUUCGCCGGGAUCGGUGCAGUGAUUCUCGAUGCGAGCAGCGGCGUUUCCAGAGUCUUUCAAGGGCAAGUUCCCGAGCGCCUUGUGGUUCGCUGGCGUGAGGAGGUCGGGGAGCAAAUCAUCUGUGAGGUGGAGCUUUAUGCCCUCCUGAUGAUCAGGGCCGGCCUUCAGAAUUUUCUUUCAGGAAAGAGAAUCAUUUUCUUCAUUGACAACGAUGCUGCUAGAUCUGUGGUGUUGCGUGGUCAAAGCAGAAGUGACGCGAUGCAUCGUUUGGCCCUGGCUUUGUCUAUGGUCGAUGCCGUCGCCCCUUGCAUUUCUUGGAUAGAGAGGGUGCCAUCCUCAUCGAACAUCGCAGAUUGGCCCUCCAGGGGCGAAGGCUGGAAAGCGCAGAAAGUCGUUCGUGCGACAGAUGUUGAGCCUUACCUUGUUGACCAAUCUUUGAUUGAUGCCUACCUGCUCUGA